AGUGUCACACACUUCUCAUCUGCUAAUCUCAAAGCACCUGCACAGGUUUUCCCAGGUGUCAUUAAAUUGCUUCAGUUGUCUCAGUUAGGAUCAAUAUUGGGAAGACUGCAGACUUGACAACUGGCCAGAAGACCACCAUUGAUACCCUCCAUAAUGGGCAAUAUUUUCCAACCGGAUGUGCACCUUACUUUCCGUAACUUGACUCACCCAAGGGACGUACCCUGGUUUUCCAUGACAAGUUGUUGCUGCUACAUUUUCUUUUUGACAACCGUGGUGUAUUCUCACAUGGAGACGGCGGACAGACGCCCGACCUAAACAAUCCCCUCAAGAAACUGAACGGUGCAUGUCUUUGGAGGUGGGAGGAAGCCGAAGUACCCGGAAGGAACCCACGCAGUCCCGGGGAGAAGAUGCAAACUACACACAGAAAGCCCCCUUCCAAUUAAGAUGGUUUUUUUUGCCACUCCCCAUGUCUUUGUUUACAUGAGUCCAACCCCAACUGGUUCCCUAACCUCCCUUCUCCCUAACCGUGGUGAUCUGUGGCUGCCAACAGCAAGUCGUGCGGGAUGAGCACCCUGCACCAGCAGCACCAUGGGAGCGCAGGCUCAGAGCGGGAACUCAACUCUGCAGCCUCCUCCAACAGCCUGCCCUCUGUCAGGAAGACCACCAAGAAACGCAGCAUCUCACUCCAAGCGAUCUUUGGCAGGCGGCGUCGGGCCGACCGCGAGCCCAAUUGCAAGUCCAAAGCUGUGCCCGACGGAUCUGUGCCUGACUGCUUGGUCAGCGUAGACAAUGUCCCGUCUGAGACUUCGGCAGACAGAACGUCGGCCAACUCUAUUCCGGGGGCCGUGUCGGCGUCCUCGGUGACGGGGUCUACGUCGGAGCUGCUGGAGUGCCCGCUGUGCCUGCUGUGCCACGCCCGCGACCGCUUCCCAGACAUCAUGACCUGCCAUCACCGCUCCUGCGCUGACUGCCUGCGACAGUAUCUGCGCAUCGAGAUCUCAGAAUCACGGGUCAACAUCUGCUGCCCGGAGUGCUCGGAGCGCUUCAACCCCCACGACAUCAGCAUUAUCCUGGCCGACCGUGCCCUCAUGGAGAAGUACGAGGAGUUCAUGCUCAGGCGGUGGCUGGUGGCAGAGCCUGACUGCCGCUGGUGCCCUGCCCCCGACUGUGGUUACGCAGUCAUCGCUUUCGGUUGUGCCAGCUGCCCGAAAAUCACAUGCGGCCGCGAGGGCUGCGGCACGGAGUUUUGCUACCACUGCAAGCAGCUGUGGCACCCCAACCAGACGUGCGACACGGCGCGGCAACAGCGGGCGCAACACUUCCGCCUGCGCAGUUUCAGGUCCUCGUCACUCAGCUACAGCCAAGAGAGCGGCGCCGCAGGUGAUGACAUCAAACCGUGCCCCCGCUGCGCUGCUUGCAUUAUUAAGAUGAACGACGGGAGUUGUAAUCACAUGACCUGCGCCGUCUGCGGCUGCGAGUUCUGCUGGCUCUGCAUGAAAGAGAUCUCUGACCUGCACUAUCUGAGUCCGUCAGGUUGCACCUUCUGGGGAAAGAAGCCCUGGAGCAGAAAGAAGAAGAUCCUGUGGCAGCUUGGCACCUUAGUGGGCGCGCCCGUGGGGAUUGCACUCAUCGCAGGAAUCGCCUUCCCUGCGAUGAUCAUCGGCAUCCCCGUUUACGUGGGCAGGAAGAUCCAUAAUCGAUAUGAGGGCAAAGACAUCUCCAAGCACAAGAGGAACCUGGUCAUUGCCGGGGGCGUGACGUUGUCCGUCAUUGUGUCUCCCGCUGUGGCAGCCGUCACUGUCGGAAUUGGCGUCCCCAUCAUGUUGGCAUACGUCUACGGGGUAGUGCCCAUCUCGUUGUGCCGGAGCGGCGGAUGCGGCGUGUCUGCAGGCAACGGCAAAGGGGUGCGCAUUGAGUUUGACGACGAGAACGACAACAUGAGUGGUGGUGCCGCAGCUACGGUAAAACCUGAUCCCGGAGCAGAUACCACUUCAGUGGCAGAGACCAGACUGAACAACCCCAGCCUUUUUGACGGCGCCAGCGUGGGGGGCCUGACAGGAUUGAGCCUCAGCGUGAGUGGUAGCCACAUGGAGCGCUGCGGCGUCAGCUCUGCCCAGCGGGACAACAUGAGCGACAAUGUUAGUACCACAGCCCUCGCCGGAACCAGCAUCACCGGCAGCCUGUCUGGAAGCUGCUACAACAGGAUGGAAGUGCAGGCUGACGUCCAGAAGGAGCGUUGCAGUCUGAGUGGCGAGUCGGCCACCGUGAGCCUCGGGACCAUCAGCGACAACGCCAGCACAAAAGCAAUGGCUGGCUCCAUUCUCAGUGCCUACAUGCCUCUGGAAAGAGACAACAGUGUGGAGGGUCAAACAGACGUGGAGUCCAAAGAGGAAAAGGUGAGACACUGCAGCGCCAGCAGCAGCCUGGAUGAAGCCAGUUGUAGCAGCAGCGGGACCACAGGCUUCAAAGGGGCGACGGCUGGCCCGUCCGACGGUCAUGGCCGCCCGCCUUCGCCCUGGUCAAAAGAGGACCCCGCGGCAGCGUGCAAGAAGAACAAAGGGAAACUGUGGAAGCGAGGCAAGGCGGAAUCCAAAAUGAACCACACGGACGCUCAGCUGCUUGAGCGCCGCAGCACCAACUCCUCAGAGUUCGACUUGCCCUCGCUGAGCGGCAGCCUGCCGUCGGUGGCUGACUCGCACUGCAGCCACUUGUCGUCGGAGCUCAGCUGCUCCGACCCAGAAACUGUGAGAACGGCUCACCCCCUGUGCUCUGACACGGCGGAGCCUCGCGCAGCCGCCACCUCUGUCGUCUUGGGCAAGCUGGCUGUCACGCCUAUGCCCGAAGUGGAGCACGAUCGCCUGGAGCAGCUCCUGCCUCAUAGGAGCCACUCUGCCUUCAGCCACUGCCUCGUGUCUUCAUCGCCGCCUGCCUCCCCGACAGAUAGUGUUCUGUUCAUUACUGAAGAGGGUGAAGGCAACACCGCCAAUCCCCAUGACAACCUUAGCGGACCCACUCGUGACACUGCUGCACAGCCUGUGAGCCCCACAAGUAGGCGCUGCAUUCAAACUGAGAUCUAAAAGGUUCACUUACUCACCAUUAAAUUGGGGUCUGAUUGUGUCUUAUUGGCUGUUAAGACAGGAAUGGAGAAAGUCAGCGUGGGUUGAAGGGGUCAGUGAGUCAAGCGUUUUGCAGCGUGGAAGUUGAGCAUAAAGGUUUUUUACGGAGGUCGACUUGAAUGAUAGUUUUUAUUCAUAACUUUAAUUUUUUACGUCAUUGCUGCAUCCACCACCGUGCCACACUUUUCUGAGGGACCAUUUAGUAGCACAUUUUCAGAUCAAUUGAAACAGACUGUGGUUAUUAGCUUAUCACUUGUUUAUUUGUGCAAAGUGUCUUGCUUAUUAUUUUCCAU